UGUUGCAGCAGCGCCUCCUCCUCAUCCUGAUCCAGCUGGUGGAUCUCGGCCGCAGUGCGAAUCGCUCAGGGAUGAGGAGGGGCGCCGGACUCCAUCUCGAUGUGCCAGCUGCCGGCCUCCUGAUACAGGUUGACCCGACCGUCAACGAUGCGGGGCUGACGGCCGGUCGCCCUGAUCAGCUGGCAGCGGGGUAUUACACAUUGGAGCAGAAUCGCAACCUGUUGACACACACCACAGUGCAGCAAGAUGAUGAACGCAUCCAUUGGAUCACUUGCUUGCUGUGUGCCCCAUGCACGCCUCACGUGUUUGUUCGUCUCGUGGUUCCUUGCACUGAAGUGGAGCAGGUAGCCAAACACCUCCAUGUACGAGUUGAACCCCUCAAACGCGCUGUGGGCAUUGGGCUUGAGGCGCGGCUUGCGAUGUUUGUGGCGGCGGGCAUCCCUCUUGAGCUUUCUGAUGGCCACUUCUAUCCACAGUUCCUCAUGGGAGUGGCGCCGACGUGCCAUUGCGGCCGUCCUUUUCGUUGGUGGGGCUGGGCGGGGCUUGGCAGAUGUUGUUUGUCACAGGCUGUCGCUCAGACGCUUAGAUGCCGAAUACGACAGCACACGAUGCACCCAACUCGCUGCAGAUGCAUCCGACGCGCGCCUCGGCCAAGAUCGUCACGCGCUGGUCUCGAGACUAUCACCUGAG